AUGCCUUUCAAGUGUGACAUUUGCAACAAGGAGUAUGCUUAUAAAAGGAAUUUAAAAAGGCAUUCACUUGAAAAACAUAUCGGAAACAAAAAAUGGAGUUGCAGUGAGAAAAUGUGCUCUUCAAAGUUUUCUCGAAGAAGUAACUUAGUAAGGCAUUUGUGUCUUACACAUAAAUACAGUGCAGCCAAAGCACGACGUGUUGCAUUGGAUACAGAUAAAAUUAAAAGUAAAAAGACAACUGCAACAUGUACAUACUAUGAAGAUGUAAGCUCUGAUGAAAGCAUUCUGGACUUACAUGCAGAGUUAGAUGCGAUGGAAGAGGAAGAGGCGAUACGAUAUUUCGACUUAGAGCCGUAUGAAGAAGAUACUGUUGACUACGAAAAUGUUAUAAAACAACAAAUUACUAACAUGGACGUGAAAAAUGAUAGUAAUAACACUUUUAGUGAAAAUGAAAACGCCAAUGACAUAAACACCAGAGAUGUUGUGAACGAACAAAAAUUGAGUGAUGAUGAAUACGUCAAUAACUUGGACGUGAUAGAUGAGGUGAAUAAUGUUAUUUUGAUUGAUGAUGAAUAUGCAAAUGAAAGGUGCAGUAACGAUGUUGAAAACGAUGUAAGCCUUGACUAUGAUGAUGAUGAAUACAUCGAGGAGGAAGUUGUAGAUUAUUACACAGAUGUGAGUGAUAAGAGUGUUGUUGAUGAAUAUUCUGAUGAUGAAGAUGAUAAUGAUGACGAUGAAUACAGUGAGGAGGAACUUGUUGAUAAUUAUACAGAUGUGAGUGAUAUAAGUGUUGUUGAUAAAUAUUCUGAUGAUGAAGAUGAUAACAUAAUAGUUGUCAGUGAAGAUGAGUCAGAGUUGUUUAUUGACAGAGAUGACAAUAGUAAACAUGAUUCUUUAAGCGAUUAUGAGGAAGAAGAUAUCCGAGCGUUAGAGCCAUCGCGCAUUAUAACAAAGUACAAAAUACACUCAGUAACUGUAGUCCAGAAGUUUUACUAUCUGGACAAUGAGUUAGUUGGAAUGGCUACAGAUGCUGAACAAGACUAUCACGAAUAUACAUCAAGGUUAUGA